AUGACUGCGGACGUACACUUUAAAAAGUUAUGGAGAACCGCGCUUAAAUACUACCAUCAAGUAACUCAGCCUAUUACCGUCGUCAUUGUACCCGACUUUGAGGCGUACCUGGAGUUUGCGGAUGCCGUUAAGGCCUAUCCCAUGUCUUUUCCGGUGUGGUUCAUUCUGUUUCUCUACACCUCCGACAACAGCACCUAUGACCACUGCCGUGAACCGAUCGGUAAUCCCUUUAAUCUAACGUUCGACACGCAGAUGUUAGUAUUGUGUAACAACGAGACGAUCUUGCGGGAAUGGUAUUCCGUCAAGGGCGAUGUCAUCAAAAUCUUCGACCUGGCGGAAUGGAGAGACGAUAAAGGAUUCAUUCCUCUGACGAAUCUGUCUCUCUACGAACGGAGGAAAGACAUGGAAGGAGUUGUCCUACGAGCGGUCGCGGCCAAGAGUUUAUUUUCGACGAUUGAUGGGAAUCAGGUGGCUACUAUGUACGGAAAAGUGUUGGAGGAGCUCACGAGUUCUCUCAACUUCACCGUGAAGAUUGUCUCGCAAAUAAACGAACACGGUGUACAGAAUCGACAAACUCUCAUCUGGUCUGGAGUGAUGGGCAAGAUUGUAUCGGGUCGAGCGGAUUUCGCUGUCGCCGACAUGUCAUUGACGAGUCUUCGAAAGCGUUAUGUCGAUUUCACACUGCCUUUAAUCGUAUCUAGAAUCAAUCUGUAUAUCAAGGAACCGGGAAUAUGUGGCGUCAAAUGGAUCGGCUAUUUUCAGACUUUCAAUUUGCGUACGUGGGCUACAAUUAUCAUACUGAUAGCGACCGUGCCGUUACUCUUAUUCUUUAUGAAAUCGUACCGUGAUCAAUCACGGAGCGCCAUGGAUCUGAUCUCUGAGAAUUUCAUCUGCAUUUGGGGUAUCUUUUGCCAGCAAGCGCUUAUAGAGUUUCCGAAAAAUUUAUCGCUGCGCGUCGCGUAUAUUACGAUAUUUUUGACGGCGAUGCUAAUAAUGGCUCACUAUUCAGCAGCGUUAAUUUGCUUUCUGACGGUGUGUACUCGCGUUCUGCCUUUUCAAACGCUAGAAGAAUUUAUCAACGAUGGUACCUAUAAAUUAAUCAUGCUACGUGGUACUGCUGACUACGAAGUAGUUACCGUAAGUUCUACUACUCAGUGA